UUCAUUAUUGUUGUUUUUUGUUUUAGAUAGGAAGACUAUCCCCUUGAGCUAUGGUCCAGACUCUGAAGGAAGGACUGCCAAAAUUUUAUCUAUAACUACUGCCGAACGGACCUUUGGGAAUCUAGUGGUUGAUAAUGAAGGUAUGUCUCCCACCCCUGACCAUUCUCGGUCCGUUGGAUUAAGGCGUUCUCGUCGUAAUAUUCAGAAUGUCCCUGACGGUGUCCAAGGUUCACGCGCGGUCUCUGUAGACGAUUCAGACCAUGAAUCAGAAGCAUCGAGGGGUGGAGGUGAAAAUGCAAGUGCUUUUGUUCCUCUUCAAAUGGUGUUUCCCGUUGCUGUUUCUUCGUCUAACACACGGCUGAUGCCUUCUGAUUAUGACCUCCUUAACAUGGUUUCAAGAAAAAAGAUGGUUCCAUCUAAGUUGGCCUCUGGCUGUUCCAAAACUCCACAUUGCCCGAAUACUGAGAUGAAAUCUGCUCCUCCUCUUCCAGUGAGUGUUGCCGCCAAUCCUGACUCUGGCGUGAAGAUGAACGCCUCUUUCUCUCGUGACUUUUGCUGUUUGAAGGAUGCUUUUGUGAUGGGAAGUGAAAUGCCUCAAGUUCUGCUUUCCUCCUCAUCUGUUGUAUUUUCGGAUGUGUCUUCAGCUGGCCUGGAAUUGGCUUCCUCGGCUUUUGCUUUCCAAGUACCUUGUCGCUUCAUAAAUGCUCGGUAUUUGUACAAAUUUAAUCCUUCUUUUGACGAGAAAAAAUUUGUUUUAAACUGGCAGAGUGUUCAAGCUAGCCUGGUUGCUGCAGAAAGGUUGGUUCUGUUGGAAAAGGUUGUGGACGAAUUAAAAAGAAAGGAGAAAAGUUCUCAAGCUCGUGCUGAUGUUGAUGCUCGAAUGAUCCAAAGCCUUCGUGGUGACAAUUCGACUUUAACAAAUCAAAUUUCGACUCUAAAAACCCGUAUCAAGUUGUUGGAGGCAUAUGGGAGGAAAAAGAAGCAAGAAGUUACUGACGCGGCCUGUUUUUAUGCUUGGAAAACCAGGGGUGAACUGAUGGCUUCAUUCCUCGCAGGUGAGACGUCAAGCUGGACUGCGGAACAGGAUGUUGCUACCUGGUUAAAGCUUCAAGAUGAGAUGGAUCCCCCGAUUGGGGAAGAUGGUUUUGACGUAGGCCAGUCCGAUAAUGAAGCUGAAUCCAGACGCUCCUAAGAUAACUAACUGCAUCCUUUCCCUUCUACUCUCUUGACUUCAAACAUUUUUUUGCUUCCAAGACUUACUCUGCUAUUACUGCCCUUGCAUCAUGGUUUCCUGUCAGGAAUUUUAAUGUUUUCCUGAGAAUUCAUGGAUUUUGUGCUUGGUGGUUUAUCCAAGCGAAAUCCAUGUUGUUUGGUGAUUCCGUUGCUAUUCCC